UCUGUGCCCCUCCCCCGGGCAGCUGCCAGCAUCGGUGCCGUGAGGAUGGGAGACCCCUUUGCCUACUGGAGCGGACCCCCAUCCCGCAAUGAAUAUGAAGACAGCCCCCACGGCCCCACCAGCUUCGCCCGACCCAGCGCCAAAAGCAUCUACAAUCAGCGCAAGGAUUACGGGCAGACGCUGCUCAAACCCCAAAGCGACUUCCAGCACCCCGUGGAGCACCUGGUGACCCUACGCCUGGAGCGGGAGCUGCGCAGCGUGGAGGAUUGCGUGGGGCGGCUGCGGGAUUUGGAGGCACAGGGGAAGGUUUGGGGUCAGGAUCUCCUCUUGGGGGUCCGGGAUCAGGACCUGCUGCUGAGCGACGUGGAGAGCAGG